AUGCUUUUGGGACGGAGCUGCCACACUCGUGUUGUGGUGACGCUCGAGAUGUUGACUUUGAUUUGCAAAGAGGCAGCACACGAUGCAGCGACGUCGUUCUCUCGCACAUCUUGGCUGUGGGUUUCCAUGUACCGGAACUGGACGUUGUGGUUCGAUCGACUGGCAAACGCCUCUCGAAUGAAGUUGGUAUCAACGCUGCACUAA